AGAAAGAAGCAGCUUGGUGGGCAGCAAAAGAGAGAGGAGCUAGAAAGAGAGGUUUCUGUGCUUCGCAAAAUGCUGGAUCAUGAACAGAAGGUGCAUAAAAUUCUUGAGUGUCUGCAUCAUCGACAGGACGGUUCCACCCUUUGUUUCCCAAACUUCCUUCCUCCAAAGAUGAAGGAACUCCUAGCAGAGUUGGCUAUGGUAGAGGACGAGAUAGCUCGAUUGGAAACCCAAAUAAGCCAACUACAAACAGAUUUGGAUCGUGAAAAGGAAGUCACUAAAGAAGUACAGUCCAAACAAUGGCAACAAGAAAGUCGAAACAACCCUCCUGGACAGUCAUCAAUUCCACCAAAUCCGAACCCCCCAAGCAAAGGUUUUAAUGAGAAGAUGGCAUUCGAGACAAAGGCAUUGCAUUUCAUUAGUAAAGCUAUAAAGGGUGAUUAUAAUCUCAGUGACUUCAGCAUGAAUGAUAAACUGAGAAUUUCGCGAGGAUUUUUGGAUCAGAAAGAGAAUAACUUCCGGGAGGAGAUGGGAUUGCAAGAUAAACUACUUACAAGAAAAAGUGGGAUGCUUAAACCAUCCUCACCCUUGCAGCCAGAGCCAAGACAACCAUCUCCCAGGAGGGAUCGUAAUCUAGAGGUCCCUUUACGUCUCCCACCAAAGGCUCAACCAACUCCAAUUCAACCAGAAGAAGAGAGCUCCCAGAAGUGGUCACCCAACAAGCUAUCAGAGAGCAUCAUCAAAUGUUUGCUCUUCAUUUUUGUAAGACUUCUUAGGACUUCAAGAAAAAUGGAGCUAGAGAAAUUGGGCCCCACUUCAAGGUCUACUAACUUUUCUUCAAGCUUCAGGGCUGAGCCCAGCUUAAACUCCAAGGCAAGCCUUUUGUUACAGAAAGAAUUAAGGCAACAAGACCCUUAUGGAAUCUUUGAUAUGGAAGGAUCUAUUCCAAGGGACGUUGGCCCUUACAAGAACUUGGUUAGGUUCACAUCAAGCUCCAUGGACCCCAAAUGCAUCUCCAAUUCAAGUUCUGUUCCUUUAUUGCAGAAACUAAGGGUCUUGAUGAACAGCCUACAGGAGGUUGACUUGAGAUUUCUGACUGACCAACAGAAGCUAGCAUUUUGGAUCAACAUGUACAAUGCUUGUAUCAUGCAUGGGGUUCUUCAAUAUGGUGUGCCUUCUAGCCCUGAAAAACUGCUUACUCUUAUGAACAAGGCAACCCUGAAUAUUGGAGGCAACAUAAUAAAUGCUCAAGCUAUUGAGCAUUUUAUUCUUAGAAAACCAGCAUCUUCAAUCACAAAAGAGGUUUAUCCGAAGAGAGAGAAGGACGACAAAGAAGCCAUUGUUCGUGAACUUUAUGGACUCGAGUCAUCGGACCCCAAUGUCACAUUUGCCUUAUGCUGCGGAACACGGUCUUCUCCAGCAGUGAGAAUAUAUACAGCUGAUGGUGUUGUAUCUGAACUGGAGAAAUCAAAGCUAGAGUACCUGCAAGCUUCCAUUGUUGUGAUGAGCACAAGGAGGAUUGCACUACCGGAGCUACUGCUCCGAAACAUGCACGAUUUCGAGGCCGCGGACAUGAGCUCACUGGUGGAAUGGGUUUGUCACCAGUUACCUACCUCAGGAUCACUGAGGAAAUCAAUGGUGGAUUGUUUCAGGGGUCUUCAUGGUGGCAAGGUGUCCACCAUUGUUGACAAGGUACCAUAUGACUUUGAUUUCCAAUAUCUUUUGGCCAUAUAA